AUGAGAUACGCUCAGUCCACACUCCUCGUGAUCGUGGCCUCCAUCAUUGAUUACUGCUGGGCCCAGUCCUCCUGUGCAGUGGAGUCUUUCUCUGUGAAAGAGGACUUUGACCCCAAGCGGUAUGCAGGCAAAUGGUAUGCACUGGCCAAGAAAGACCCAGAAGGCCUGUUUCUACAGGAUAACAUCUCAGCUGAAUACACGAUUGAGGAGGAUGGUACCAUGAUUGCAUCUUCUAAAGGGAGAGUGAAGCUUUUUGGGUUCUGGGUGAUCUGUGCUGACAUGGCUGCUCAAUAUUCAGUGCCUGAUCCUGCCACUCCAGCAAAAAUGUUCAUGAAUUACCAAGGCCUGGCAAGCUACUUGUCAAGUGGAGGUGACAACUACUGGGUGAUUGAUACCGACUACGAUAACUAUGCCAUCACCUACGCCUGCCGCAGCCUGAAAGAGGACGGCUCCUGCGACGAUGGCUACUCCCUGAUUUUCUCUCGCAACCCCCGUGGGCUCCCCCCAGCCAUUCAGCGCAUUGUGCGCCAGAAGCAAGAAGAGAUCUGCAUGUCUGGCCAGUUCCAGCCUGUGCUACAGUCAGGGGCUUGUUAA